AUGGAAACAAAUUGGAAGCCCUUUAUGAAGUCCACUGCCGAUGAUUGGACAAGUAUUCCGGACCCUGCUCAGCGUAAGCGGAUCCAGAACAGGCUAUCUCAGCGUGCAAGACGUAUGCGACAAAAGAAAGUGGUUAUACAACUGGACCAUGAAAACAUAAACACGGACACCUCUUCCGCCGGAGGUAUCAGGCUUGUCUCUAAUAAAGCUCAGUUAUCCACUCAUGAUCCCUCCAGCGCCGCUACUGUGGACAUAUUUGGAUCAAGUCCCUUGUCAGACAGUCACUUCAUUAUCCUAACAGACAUGACUGCCUGCGCUGCUCUCGCCGUUAUUGCACAAUGUCUAGACCUCGACUGCCAGCCACAACCGGGCUUCCACAUAAAAGCCAUGGCUAUACAUCUCCCCUCAGCUAUCGCACCAACUGACCUGCAAAAGGUUGUUCCACACAGACCUUACUUAGACAUGUUGCCAUGGGCUUCGCUAAGGGACAAGCUGCUCAAAUCUAUGUCUGUUAUCAAUGAGGAUGAGUUCAUGUCUGAUAUGAGAAGUGGUAAUCUGAAAGUCUGGGGCCAAUUGCCGUGGGAUCCAAUGGGGUGGGAGGUUAGUGAGAACUUUGCAAGGAGAUGGUGGUUUCUUAUGGAUGGGGGGAUUGUGAGAACGAGUAACUUCUGGAGGGCCCAGAGGGGGGAGCCCCCAUUGACUCUAGUUGCGCCAUAG